AUGAUGAGCCAAAGUCCAGGGUCUGAUGCAAAUUCGAGUUGGAUUUGGGGUCCUCUUUGCUGCAAUUGUGGUAAAGCUACGACGCUUGCAAAGUCUUGGACAAAUGAGAAUCCGGGUAGAAAAUUCGUCAAGUGUGUUGUUCAUGGUUUUGUAAAGUGGGCAGAUGAAGAAAAGCCAUACGGUUGGCAGAAGGAUUUAGCGAACAAACACGAAGAAGAGAAGAAGAAGCUUGAAAGUGAAGUGAUGGCUGAUAGUGAGAGGGCAAAAAUGCUUAGGCAGUUUAUCUUUUUGUCUUGGGGAGGUUUCAUUGUGGUUAUUGCCAUGAUCCUUGUAAUGGGAAAGAUUUAG